AUGUCAGAGAGGUUGACUCAAAUUAAGGAUCACUUGAUUUCUGCAGUUAGCCCUUCUGUGCAAGACCAAAGAGCAGAUGACGUUGUGAUCAUAGCAGCACAUAGGUCGCCAAUUGCAAGGGGCUUCAAGGGGGGAUUCAAGGACGUUAACUCGGACUAUCUGGUUCAUCAAUUCUUGCAGGAGUUCUUCAAGAAAGUGCCUAGCUCGCUGAGUGAGAAUAAGCAGUUAAUUGAGGAGGUGGCGUGUGGUAACGUGCUGAACCCGGGUGCAGGUGCUACCGAGCACCGGGCUGCUUGCUUAGCUGCCGGAAUACCGUUUUCAACACCUUUUGUCGCUCUUAACCGUCAGUGCUCGUCCGGUCUAGUCGCAGUCAACGAUAUUGCCAACAAGAUCAAGGUCGGUCAGAUAGGCAUAGGACUAGCUCUCGGUGCUGAAUCCAUGUCAAAAAAUUAUGGCCCCAAAGCCUUAGGUAACGUCUCGGCUGAGAUGAAGCAAAACAAAGAUGCCAAAAAAUGCAUGGUUCCAAUGGGAAUCACGAAUGAAAAUGUGAGCCAUAAAUUCCAUGUUUCGCGCCAAAGCCAGGACACUUUUGCUGCGGAAUCACACCGUAAGGCCGAAAGAGCCAUUUCAGAAGGGCUAUUUGAGGACGAAAUAUUGCCUAUUAACCUCCCAGACGGUACAACAAUAUCAACAGAUGAAGGGCCACGUAAGGGUGUAACAGCCGAUAACUUGGCACAGUUGAAACCAGCAUUUAUUCCAGAGAAAGGAACGACAACCGCCGGAAAUGCAUCACAGAUUUCAGACGGUGUCGCGGCUGUCUUGCUCGCCCGGCGUUCUAUUGCUGAGUCAAUGGAACUUCCUAUUUUAGGAAAAUAUGUGGCAUGCCAAGUAAUUGGAGUACCUCCAGAAAUCAUGGGCGUGGGGCCCGCUUACGCCAUUCCAAAAGUCUUGAAAGACUGUGGUCUUGCGAUUGAGAAAGUGGACGUUUUUGAAAUAAACGAGGCGUUUGCAGGACAAGCACUCUAUUGCAUUAACAAACUGCAAAUUCCAUUGGCAAAAGUAAACCCAAGAGGCGGCGCGAUAGCCCUUGGUCACCCUUUGGGAUGUACGGGGGCUAGGCAAGUUGCAACAUUGCUAAGAGAGCUGGAGCGUGGCCAGGUGGGUAUCGUGAGUAUGUGCGUCGGGACUGGAAUGGGGGCAGCAGCGGUUUUUGUCAGGGAAUGA